CACGCGUCACAAAAUCCAAAUUUAGGAUAAAAGUAAAACAUGUACUUGAGCUUCUAUGAGAUGUGGUUUUCUGCGCGAGACCACUGAAUAAUUCAGCGAACUUUUACAGGACACGUGGAGUGUGUGGAAGUGUAUAUCAUAGCUUGAGGUUGUACAGGAAUUGAGUGAAGAAUAUAAAUUCCUAGGUGCAUAGAAGUUUAUGCCAUUCAGUUUUGAAGAAUUUAUCUUGCAUACGUGCAGACUAUUACGGCAGGAGCACAGCAUUGUAUGCCUUCAUUGAUAAAGGUGCAGCAAAAACACGGUUUUCUCCACGACCGAGGUGAAAGACUCAAAAAAAGAGAAAAACCUUGUCUGGGAGUUGAUACCAGGGGACUUACACAGUCGUUCAACAUGAAGUGUGCAUCUCAGGAAUGGCUGAGAGGGAUGGCACUGCUAUUUUUAUCCCGCACAGUUGUCUCAAUGGCUAUCCCGAAUUCUACACAUUUGGAGUCAAUGUUAGAAAAGUACAUGGAUGAAGAUGGAGAAUGGUGGGCUUCCAAACAGAGGGGGAAAAGGGCCAUCGCUGAAAGUGACAUGCAAGCCAUCCUUGAUUUGCAUAAUAAGCUCAGGGGUCAAGUCUAUCCGCAGGCUUCAAAUAUGGAGUACAUGGUUUGGGAUACUGAGCUGGAGCGCUCUGCAGAAGCUUGGGCAGAAACAUGCUUGUGGGAACAUGGCCCUGAAGGCCUUCUUCCUCAUAUUGGACAGAAUCUCGGGGUGCACUAUGGCAGAUACCGGCCCCCUACAUCUCAUGUUCAGUCUUGGUAUAAUGAAGUGAAAUACUAUAGUUAUCCAUACCCACAAGAGUGUAAUCCGCACUGUCCCUUCCGCUGUUCUGGGCCAAUCUGCACUCAUUACACACAGCUUGUUUGGGCAACCAGCAGUCGGAUUGGUUGUGCAGUCAACUUAUGUUACAACAUGGACGUGUGGGGUCAUGUCUUGCCUAAAGCCAUUUACCUGGUUUGCAAUUACUCACCAAAGGGCAAUUGGUGGGGACAUUCCCCAUACAAACAUGGCACCCCCUGCUCUGCAUGCCCUCCCAGCUAUGGUGGAGUCUGUAGGGAGAACCUCUGCUACAAAGACGAUGGUGUGGAUAGAACCUACCCAACAAACAGAAGAGAGGAAACAGUAGAGAGCAACUACAUUGAACCUGAGGUACCAAGAACGCCAGAACCUGAACCAAGGGUUCAGGCCCCAACCGCAUCUCCUAAUGAGGACCUGGAGAAGAACGAGGUGGUGACCUCGCAGCAGAUGUCUCAGCUUGUAACAUGUGAGACGAAGCUACGUGAUAAAUGUAAAGGGACAACUUGUAAUAGGUAUGAAUGUCCAGCUGGAUGCUUAGACAGUGUUAAAGGGAAAGUUAUAGGCACGGUGUAUUAUGAAAUGCAAUCGAGCAUUUGCAGAGCCGGUUUGCAUUAUGGAGUAAUUGACAAUGAAGGAGGCUGGCUGGAUGUCACAAGACAAGGCCGAAAGGAGUACUUCAUCAAAUCCAACAAAAAUGGAGUUCAGUCUUUAGGAAAGUACCUGAGUGCAAAUGCAUUUACAGUAUCAAAAGUGACAGUAAAAGCUAUCACGUGUCAGACUACAGUUGCAGAAUUGUGUCCAUACCAAAAGCCUGCCAGUCACUGUCCAAGGAUAUACUGUCCCGGCAACUGCAUGCAAGAGAACCCUGACAUUGCGAGGGUUAUUGGAACAUCAACAUAUGCAGAUACAUCCAGUAUAUGUCGAGCUGCAAUCCAUGCUGGCAUCCUUGAGAGCCAAUCAGGUGGCUGGUUGGAUGUGAUGCCUGUGGACAACAAAAGACAAUACAUUGCCUCUUAUCAAAAUGGGAUAUACUCAGAAAGCCUGCAGAAUCCCCCUGGAGGCAAGGCUUUCAGAAUAUUCGGGGUCAUUUGAGUACAGGCAGAGGACUUGUGUAAUAAACCCAGCAAUUGUCAUUGGGUGGGCAAUAAUUGCAGUUCUUAUUGUCAGUCCCUUUCCGCCUGGGCUGCAGUGAAAACAAGGCAUCCGUCAUCAUUCUGAUAAUGUUAACUGAACAGGAAACUUGACAUGUGUGGACAUUGGAUACAGCGCUGGCAUGGGCACAGCCAACUUGAUUAAUCUUCAUUUUCAGCAGAAUCAUUGCGUCAAAAAGGAAUCAUCAUGUCAAAAUUAUGUCAAAUGUUUCAUGGAUCUUCAAUAAUUUGUUGUAAAUAAGAAUGUCUUCCCUGUUAUAUUUGGUAUAUUUCUUGCUUACAAACUUCCUGCAUGCAGUAGCAUACAAUAAAAUGGGCAGUGUAUAAGUAAUAUUGUCAAUCUUAGCACUUAAAUAUAGGAAUGCAUUACAUCAGUCAUGUGUAAUUGAUGAAGCCUGUCACAAAGGCUACAUGUUCAGGUCAGGCUCAUAUUACUGGUGCCCCUGAAAGGUGCUUAAAUGUGUUUGAGGUUUUAAUGAUUUAUGAGGCUAAGCAGUGGGAAUUUAUAUUAUGAAAUAUAUCAUUAUGUUUUUAUUUUUAUAUUUUUAUGAGUAAAGUACAGUGAAAGGAUGCUGCUAAGUCUAAGUUGUAUUUCCGAACAGAUUUCACUGCUAUUACAGUCAGAUUCUGCAGAAGACUGGCUGAUGCUCCUGCAGGUCAGGAAGUACAAUGCUAAAGAGAAGUCAUUCUCAAGUUGCGUAUAUCCAGCAUGUGGCUUUGUCAUUGCUAACAUUCUGGACAGUUAAUUAUCAUAUAAUAAAUUUGUAUUAUACUGUAACAACGUAUCCAUAGGAAUGGUGUUUUUAAGAAUAAAUAUGUAUUUUGCUUGAAAUUGGACGAAUGCUAUACUCUUAUAUUUGCAUAUUUAUGUGACAGUGUUCAGCAGCUGUUUCAUUUAAGUCCUAGCAGAAUUUAAGAUAUGCAUUCUUCUGGUUUCCUGAAUUAGUGAUAUGUACUGUGUACUACCUCACAUGUGUAGAAUGGCCUUGUUCUAUUCGCAAUAAAAUAUUUUAAAAUA